AUGAAAGGUCCACUUUGCCUCUUUCAGUUUUGGGGGUUGGUUUUUCACUGCUAUGGUGUACCCAAUUCUCAAAAGCAGUGGUUAACCUCAUUGACCCCAACGAUUGCCCCAUUGUCAGCAUCCAACAACAUCCCAUUGCUAGUGUCCAUGGCUGAGACCUGCCAGGGCAUUAUUCUGAGUCGGUGGUGGAUCCUCUCCACAGCCAGCUGUCUGAAUAAACUGAAACAGUUAACCUCUGACAUUUCAGGAGUCUUUGACCAAGAAGAUGUCUUACAAGGCCACAAAAUAUGCCUACUCCCUAGUUUUGAUCCAGAAACUGGAAAAGAUCCAGUCAAAGCAGAUGUAGGGGUAGUACUCCUUCAAUAUCCUAUCAGGAAAAAAGAAAUACCACUUUCUCACACUUAUAACAUCUUCUGGAAGACCUGUUAUAACUGCCAAUACAGACACUGCAGGGUGUACCAAUAUCAGAAUCAUGGUAACUUUGAAAGCAAUAUCAAGAAAUUGUCAGUUAAGCUGCUGGACCUCUCAUUUUGCCACCAUCAACAUAUUCACCUGACUAAAAGUAACAAUUUAUGCAUCUGGAGUCAGCCAGAAGAAGACUGCUGGGUACAGCAGGGUAGUCCUGUUUUCUGUCUCUUUGGCAACCACUGGGAACUGGUAGGCCUGGUCAGUGAGUCCUCAAUGGCCUGUUAUGACCCAAUUCUUGUCAUCAAGACAGCCCCCUACCUUCCUUGGAUGAGACGGCUUAUCAAGGCAUCCCAGACGUCACUGGAUCCUAUUUUUUCUCUACCCUGCAGUUUUUCUUCUAGGGUAGAACAUGAUAAUCAAUAUAGGCUUAGCCCAAAAAGUGCUUCUGCAUUUCUGUCUUCCCAUGGAUUCUCUAUACAGUCAUGGAGGGGAAAAUUUGGCACUUUCCCACUGAACAGACAGCACCGGAAUCCUCCUCCAGUAUUUUUUGGUCCAAAUAACAGAGAUUCGUUUCCUGGAAGUUCACAGUUAUACCUUCAAAGCAGUCAGAACUCCUCAGCUAGCAAUUCCCUAAUGGUACAAUCUUGGGCCUCUCCUCUUGUUAAAUCAUGGGAUCCUUUUCAUACAGCUGUGUCCUGGAAUACUGCAGUAACUGAUAUGUCUGAUCCUUCAGUUCUUUAUCAACCUCAAAACACUCCAACACCAGAUAUAACUACACCAUGGAACCUUCCUCAGAAAGAUGUAGUGAAAUAUAAAUAUAGAAAUAUGACAGAUUCAUUAAGAUACUGGGUUGAAUCUUUAGGUGGUAUAAUUGGGCUUUAUACUCCACCAUUAAAUAAUGCUGAUAGAUCACAUAUUCUGUUUUCAAGUGAUGUAGACGGAUCCCAAGCUCAUUCUGAGAUAAAUAAUGUUCAGUCGCAAGUUCAAUAUGGUAGGGUUCCUUUCCAAGGUCAAUUUCUAGGGAGACCCUGGCUGCGUAUUACAUCUGGUGUUAGACCUUGGACACAUAAUAUGCCUGAUAAAACAGAAAUAGUGAUACACAUUCAACCUGCUGAGGAGAGUUUUAGAACUCAAAUACAUCAUGUUGCUGAUAGAGUCAAUACUGUUAUUCAAUCCAUAACUUAUAACAUGAAUCCAUGGAUACCUUUGAUUAUUAAUAAGAUUGGAUUCUCGGCUCAUUCCAUACUAAAUGAAGAGGGAUCUCAAUAUCCUACAGCAACUCCUACCUCAGAACCCUGGUUUCAGCCUGUCCUAAAUAUAGUUAAAUCCCAAGGACCUAUAGAAAAGACAUAUGAACACAUGAUUUUCCCUGAACCUAAGCCAACUCAAUUUUGGACUUCCUCAACUCUUAAUAUGCUCCUUAAUUGGGGUUCAUCUGCAAGCAAUACUAAUAGGCCUGUGGCCCAGUAUAAGGCCAGUGCAAUCACCUCCUUAAGUCAAACGGAUAGAAUGAAUCCAGUGAGUAAGCACGGUGAUUUUGCAGUGAAAACCCAGACGCAGACUGAAGAUACAACAUGGCUUUUGAUUCAUACAGUUGCUAGUAUAAUUGAUCCUUUAACCCACACUGAAGUUGACACAACUGCACCAUGGACUCAACCUGAAGUUGACGUAGUCCAAACUUGGACCCAGUCAGAAACACAAUCAGGAAGACCUUUGACUCUGCUGAAAGCUGAUACCACCAAACUGUGGUUACAGACUAAGGGAAGACACUGGAUUCAGCCUAAAUUCCAAAUUCUCAGACCUAGAACUCAGACUAAAGAAGGUAAAUAUAAACCUUUGAUCCAGUCAGAAGCAGAUGCUGUCAGAUCCUGGACCCACUCAGAAAUUGAAACACUCAGACCCUGGGACCAAUCUGAAACUGGUACUGCCAGAUCUUUGUUCUUGACAAAAUCUGACCAAAUAAUACUGAACACUCAGGCAGCCUUUAAAACACCCUACAUAUGGACUCAGCCUGAAGUUGACACAGUCAGACCAUGGAUUCAGUCUGAAGUUGGCAGCAUCCAACAAUGGAUAAAGCCAGAAAAAUCUCCUUUAAAACUCACAACAGAGUCUAAAGUUAUUACAAUUACACCAAGGCCUGAAGUUGAUGCUAUGGGGUUUUGGUUGCAAACACAAACUGAUAUAAUCAGGACCUGGACCCAAACUGAAACUCAAACAAUAAUUUCUUGGUUUGAACCAGAAGCUAUUACAGUCAGACCUCUGUUGAAUACUCAAACUGAUGCAUUUAAACCUUGGAUUGAGACAGAAAUAGAAACACCCCAUUACUGGGCCCAAUCUGAAGGUAAUAUAGACAGAUCACGGACUCAGACUGAAGCUGAAAAUGUCAAACCCUGGUUCUGGACUCAAAUGGAAACAGUCACAUUGUGGACAGAGCCAGUAAUCAAAACAUCCCACCACUGGAUGCAGUCCAAAAAGGAAAUACUCAAGCCCUGGGACCAAUUUUAUGAGGUAGAAACCUGGACACAGCAUGAUACUAAAACACUCAAGCCCUGGAAUGAGACUGAGAGUAAUAAAGAUAGAUUUUGGACUCAAUCGGAAGUUGACACAAUGAGACCCUGGAUUCAGUCAGAUAUUGCUAUCAACAACCCUGGAGCAGAAAAUGAAGCUGGUACAUUAAUACUUUGGCCUCAGGCUGAAUAUCCAGAAGUAAAUCUCUGGACACAGUCUGAAACUGGCACAGUCUCAUUAUCAAUCCAGAGUAAAAUUCCAGCAGUAAAUCACUGGACAGAAAUAGCUGAUACCAUCAUACCACAAGCAAAGGCUAAAUUUCCAGAAGUAAAGCCCUUGACACAUCUGGUAUCUAAUACCGUAACACCAUGGACUCAGGCUGAAUCUAUAGUAGUAAAUCUCUGGACUCAGCCUAUAACUGAUGCAGUCACACAGUGGACUCCAGGUGAGUUUUCAGAGACAAAUCCCUGGACAAAAACUACAAUUGAUAGAGUCAAGUCAUGGACACAGGAUGAAUCUCUACUGGCAAAUCCCUGGAUGCAAUUUGACACUAACACAGUUACACCAUGGACACAGACUGACUCCUUCAUAGUAAAUUCUUGGUUACAGUCUAUACCACAUGCCAUUAUACAAUGGACCCACAGUGAACCUUUAAAUAUAGCUCCCUGGACAAAAGCUGUCACUGAUGCAACACCUUGGUCUCAGGCAGAAUCAUCAGCAGUAAAUCCAUGGAGAGAAAGUGCAGCUGGGACAGCUACACAAUGGACCCAAGGUGAAUCUCCAGUAAUAAAUUUAUGGGCUCAGCCUGUGGUUAAUGUAGUCACACUGUACACUCAGGCUGAUUCCCCAUUAUUACAUUUCUGGACAAAGUCUGAAAUGAAUAUAGUCACAACAUGGACCCCAACAGAAUCUUUAGCCAUAAAUUCCUGGAGACUGCCUGAAACUGACAGUAUCUCAACAUGGACCAAUAAAAUAAAUCCAGAAAUAAACAGUUGGUUACAUUAUGAAACUGAUACAGUGACAGUUUGGACCCAGCCAGAAAGUCCAGGAAUAAAUAUUUGGACACAAGCUAUUGCUUAUGCAGCUCCACCAUGGGCUCAGGCUGAUUUUUUAGCUGUAAAUCCCUGGAUAGAGGUUGAAAGUGAUACAAUCACACCAUGGACUCAGGUUGAACCUUUAGUGAAUCGUCGGACAGAGAGUGUAGCUUCCACAGUCAUACCGUGGACCCAGGCUGAAUCUCUAGCAAUAAAUCCAUGGAUACAAUUUGCAGCUGAUGUAGAUACACUAUGGACCCAAACUGAUUCUCCAGCAGUAAAUCCCUGGACAGAUUCUGCAUCUGAUCAUGUUAUACAGUGGAUUCAAACUGAACUUCCAACAGAAUAUCAAUGGAUUCAGAAUAUGUCUGAUAUAGUAACAUCAAUUACCCAGGCUGAAUUUCCUUCAGUAGAGACUUGGACAGAUUCUCUGGCAGAUAUAGUAACAAGGUGGAAUCAGACUGAAUCUCCAAUGAUAAAUCCAUGGUCAGAAGCUGUAGUUUCUACAAUGACACCAUGGACUCAAGUUGAAUAUCCAGCACUAAAUACCUGGAUAAAUUCUAUAGCUUCCACAGUCACACAGAUGACUCAGGCUGGAUACCCAGUAAUGAAGCCUCAGAGACAGCCCAUAUCUGGCACAGCUACACCACUGAACCAAACAGAAUCACCUAUAGUAAAUCCAAGGACACAACAUGAAACUGAUGUAAUCACACAGAACACUCAGACUGAAUCUCAAAAAUUAAAUCCUUGGAUACAAGUUGUAACUGACACAAUCAUACGCUGGACUCAGGCUGAAUCUCCAGCAGUCAAUUCCUGGACAGAGGCUAUUGCAGAUACAGUAAUACCAUUGAAUCAGACUGAAUACCCUUCAGUAAAUCCCUGGGCAAUGCUUGCAACCGAUACUUUUACACUCUGGACCCAGGCAAAUUUUUCCAUCAUCAAUCUUUUGACACAGUUCAUAGUUCAUACACUCACACCCUCCACCCAGACUAUGCCUGUAGCAGUAAAUCCCUUGUCACAGUUUGAAAUGGCUACAGUCACACAAUGGAUCCAAGCUCAAUUUGCUUCAGUAAAUCCAUGGACUCCAUCUGAAACCAACCCAAUUAUAGCAUGGACCCAUGCUAGAUAUUCAACCUUAAACCCCUGGACACAAUUUGAAGCUGACACAUUCACAUCAUGGACCCAGGCUGAGUCUCCAGCAAUAGAUAUAGCUUUAUCAAGGUCAGUGAAACCAUGGAUCCAGGCUGAAUCUCCUGCAACAGGUCCCUUAACAACAGCUGUAGCUGGUGAAAUCACACCAUGGAUCAAGGCUAUAUCUCCUGCAGUUAAUCCCUGGACAAAAUCUAAAUAUGACAUAGUCCCACUGUUGAUCCAGAAUAUAACUCCAGCAGUAAUUCCCUCAACAGUCUCUGUAAUCGAUACAAUCACCCUGUGGAACAUGGCUAAAAUUGCAUUACCAAAGCCUUGGCCACAGCCUGUGACAGAAACAGUCACACACUGGAUCCAAAGUGAGUUUUCCUUGGUAUAUAACUUCACACGACCUAUAACUGAUGUAACCACAUUGUUUACUCAGGUUUUUACUCCAGAAGAAAACCCCUGGUCAAGGCCUAAAGCUGAUAGAGUCAAACCAUGGAUCCAGGUUAAAUCUCCAAAGGAAAAGGCCUGGAAAGUGGCAAGUUCUGAAACACUCACACCAUUGACCACAGGAUUCUCUACAGCAGUUAAAGUCUGGAUAGACACCGUGUCUGAUAUAUUCACACCAGGAACCAAGUACAGUUUUUCAAAAGUAAAACUUGGAAUAAUGCCCGAGGACGAUAUCAUUGAACCAUGGACUCAGUCUGAAUCUUUAUCAGGAAUUCCCUGGACACGACCAGCAGCUGAUUCAGAUACAAAGCAGAUACAGACUAAAUAUCCAUUAGUAAAUCUAUGGACUCAGGCUCAGUUCCCAGCAGUAAAUCCCUGGACACAGUCCAAGUCACUACCAAUACAUAUUUUGACAAAAUCCAAAACUCUAGGCAUAAAUCUAUCAAUACAACCUGAGACUACUACAGUUACAUUAUGGAGUCAGGUUGACUCUCCACCCGUAAAUCACUGGAUAAAACCUGUAUCUUCCACAGUCAUACCAAGGACACAGGCUAAAUAUUCAGCAGUACAUCCAUUGACGUGGACAGCAGCGAACGCAGUCACACAGUGGAACCAAAAUGAAUCUCCAGCAUUGUAUUCCUGGACAAAGUCUACAGUAGAUACAGUCACAAAGUGGGCUAUGGGUGCAUCUCCAGUACCAAAUUACCAGAUACAACGAUUAGCUUACACAAUCCCAUUUGGGGUCAAAUAUGGAAGAUCAAGGAUAAAUCCUCAGAUGCAUUCUAAUUUUGAGCCAUUUCCAUCAACACAAGUAGAAUCUUCAGCAAAUAAACAUGGGAUACAUAUAGAAAAUUAUAGAGUCAUAACAAUGCCCCAAAUUGAACCAAGUGAAGUGAAUCUCAGUCCAGAGUCUAUACAUAUAGGAAGAAAAUGGACCAAUUCUCAGUUUUCCUUAAUUCGUUUGACAUGGACUGUGUCUUUCACAACCCCAUCAUGGACAAAGGCUGAAAGUUCAACUGCAAAUACAUGGAGAGAGACCGAGUCUUUAACAUCACCAGCAUUGACUCAGGCUGUAAAUCCAGCUAUAAAUUCCUUUAAAGAGACUGUCCUUUUUAUAGGCCCAACAUGGACACAGGCUGAAAAUACAGAUGUAAAUACCUCAAGAGAAGCUAUUUCUUUUAAAGCCCCACCGUGGACACAGGCUGAAGGUCCAGAUGUAAAUAUCUGGAGAGAGACUGUGUCUUUCACAGAUCCCCCAUGGACUCAAGUUAAAGGUCCAGCUAUAAACAACUGGAGAGAGAUGUUGACUUUCACAGCCCCACUGUGGACACAGGCUGAGGAUCCAGCUGUAAAUAUCUGGAAGGUGACUGUGCUUUUAACAGGCCCACCUUGGACUCAGGCUGAAAGUACAGCUGUAAAUGCUUUAAGAGAGACUGUGUCUUUCAUAGUCCCACCAUGGAUACAGGCUGAAGGUCCAACUUUAAAUAACUGGAGGGAGACUGUGCCUUUCACAGGCCCAACUUGGAAUCAGGCUGAAAGUACAGCUGUGCAUAUUUGGAGGGAGAAUGUGCCUUUCACAGCCCCACCAUGGACUUCAGAUAAAGGUUCAGCUAUAAACACCUGGAGAGAGAUGUUGCCUUUCACAGUCCCACUGUGGACACAGGCUGAGGGUCCAGCUGUAAAUACCUGGAGUGAGACUGUCUCUUUCACAGUCCCAACAUGGACUCUGGCUGAAAGGCCAGCUGUAAAUUCCUGGAGAGAGAUUGUGCCUUUUACAGUCCCACCAUGGACUCAGGAUGAAAGUCCAGGUGUAAUUACCUGGGGAGAGACUGUCCCAUUCAAUGCCCCACCAAGGACACAGAUUGAAAGCCCAGAUGUAAACACCUGGAGAGAGACUGUGCUUUUCACAGCCCCUUCAUGGACUUGGACAGAACGUCCAGCUGUAAAUUCCAGGAGAGAGACUGUGCCUUCUGCAGUCCUACCAUGGACUCAGGAUGAAAGUCCAGAUAUUGAAAGUCCAUAUGUAAACACCUGGAGAGAGACUGCCCCUUUCACAGCCCCAACAUGGACUCUGGCUGAAAGACCAGUUGUAAAAUCCUGGAGAGAGAAUGUACCUUUCACAACCCCACCAUGGAUACAGAGUAAAGGUCUAAAUGUAAAUACCUGGAGAGAAACUCUGCCUUUCACAGACCCACUCUGGACUCAUGCUGAAACUGUAGCUAUAAAUAGCUGGAGAGAGACUGUGCCUUUCACAGUCCCACUAUGGACUCUAGAUAAAGGUCCAGCUGUAAAUAACUGGAAAGAUAUGUUGACUGCCACAGCCCCACCAUGGACACAGUCUGAAGGUCCAGUUGUAAAUUCAUGGAGAGAGACUGUGCCUUUUACAGUCCCACCAUGGACUCAGGAUGAAAGUCCAGGUGUAAUUACCUGGGGAGAGACUGUAACAUUCAGAGCCCCACCAAGAACAGAGAUUGAAAGUCCAGAUGUAAACACCUGGAGAGAGACUGUGCCUUUCCCAGCCCUACCAUGGACACAGGCUGAAGGUCUAGCUGUAAGUUCCUGGAGGGAGAUUAUGCUUUUUAUAGUCCCACCAUGGACACAGGAUGAAAGUCCAGGUUUAAUUACCUGGGGAGAGACUGUCCCUUUGAGAGCCCCACCAAGGACACAGGCAGAAGGUCCAGAUGUAAAUACCCAGAGAGAUAUUGUGCCUUUCACAGCCCCACCAUGGACUCAAGAUAAAGGCCCAGAUGUAAAUAGCUUCAGUCAGAUGUUGAGUUUCACAGCACCAUCAUGGGCACAGGCUAAAGGUCCAGCUCUAAAUAGUUGGAGGGAGAUUUUACCUUUAAUAAGCUUACCUUGGACUCAGGAUGAUAAUCCAGCUGUAAAUACAUGGAGAGAGACUGUGCCUUUCAUAGAGCCACCAUGGACUCAGGCUGAACGUUCUGCUGUAAAUAGCUGGGGAGAGACUGUGCCUUUCUCAGCUCAACCAUGGAUUCAGUCUGAAAGUCUAGCUGUAAACACCUGGAGAGAGAUGUUUCCUUUCACAGCCCCACCAUGGACUCAGGAUGAAAGUCCAGCCAUAAAUACCUGGAAAGAAACUAUGUCUCCUUUCACAGCUGCACCAUGGACUCAGGAUGAAAGUCCAGCCAUAAAUACCUGGAAAGAAACUGUGCCUUUAUCAGGUUUACCAUGGACUCAGGCUGAAAGGCCAGCUGUAAACACCUGGAGAGAUACUAUGCCUUUCACAGCCCCACCAUGGACUCAGGCAGAAAGUCCAGCUGUAAACACCUGGAGAGAGAUGUCUCCUUUCACAGCCCCACCGUGGACUCAGGCUGAAAGGCCAGCUGUAAACACCUGGAGAGAAACCGUGCCUUUCUCAACUCUACCAUGGACUCAGGAUGAAAGUUCACCUGUAAACACCUGGAAACAAACUGUGCUUUUCUCAGCUCUACCACGGACUCAGGCUGAAAGUCCAGCUGUAAAUGCAUGGACAUGGAAUGUCCCUUUUACAGAUCCACCGUGGUCACACACUGAAAGUCCAGCUGUAAAUACCUGGACAGAGGCUAGGCUUUUCAUAGCCCCUCCAUGGAUUCAGAUUGAAAAUCCAGCUACAAAUACCUGGAAAGUGAAUGUGCAUUACAGAGGCCCACCGUGGACUCAGUCUGACUCUGCACCAGCAAACCCUUGGACAUCAACUGAAAGUUUCACAAUAACAUCAUGGACUCAUGGAGUAAAGCAAAUUUUAAAUAUUUGGACAGAGCCAAUAGUUUCCACAGUCACACUGCGGACUCAGGCUGAAUAUUCAACCCCAAAAUAUUGGACAGAGACUAAGGUCAUUUACAUAGUCACACCGUUGACCCAGUGUCAGUUUCCAAUAAAUACUUUGACAGAAUCUAUAGGAGGCAUAAUCACACCUUGGGCAUCUGCUGAAUCUCUAGCAUUCAGUUCUUUCACACAAAAUAUUAUUGAUACAAUCAAAUUUUGGCCAGUGCUUAAAAUUGAGUCUAAGAAAAGGUGGAAUCUGCCUCAAAGUGGUACACUCAUUUUUUCACUAAAUCCUCAAAUUGAUACUUUUGGAUCCUUGAACCAAAUUGAAAAUCAAGGCUCUCCUCUGUGGACACAUCCUGAAAUUGAUAAUGUCAAUACAAUGACCUUUCUUGAAUCUGGAACCCUCAUAUCACAGGUAGUACCUUUGUCCCAAGGAGCUAGACUCUGGCCCCAAACUGAAGCUGAUAUUAGCAAAACAUGGUUUAUAUCCUCUGAAAAAAUAAAUUCCUGGGCCCAAUCUGAGUCUCAAAGAAUGAGUACCUCAACCCAUUUUGGAGUAGUUAGAGUGAAGCCCUUGGCCCAACAUGAAACUCCUAGAGUCAUGUCAUGGCUUCAGAUUGAAACUGGUACAGUCCACCCUUGGAACCAGUCUGAGGGAGACACAGUGAGGUUCUGGCCCCUUUCUGAACCUGAGGAUGUAAGAAAAUGGAUCCAAACUGGAGCCAGUACAGUCAACUCUUGGACUCAACCAAGAAGUAGUAUAGUCAGAGCUUGGACCCAAGUUGAAACUGAACUAGUCAGACCUUGGACACAAUCUAAAACUAAUGCAAUCACACUAUUGACCCAGGCUGAUACUUUCAAACCUUGGUUCCAAACUCAAAUUAAUGCAAUAAGAGUAGGGCCCCAAACUCAAUCUCAAAUAGUUACUACUUGGAUCCAAACACAGUUGAAAAUAGUUCACCCCUGGAUUCAGCCUAGAAGUGAUUCAAUCAGAAUUUGGACAGAGCCUUGGAUCCAAGCUGAAACCUACACAGUCAGACUCUAUUAUGAAACUGAUAUAAGAAAAUCAUUAACCUCAUCUGAAUCUCAGUCAGUAACAUUUUGGUCACUGAGUCAAAAUUCAGUUAUGACCUCAUUUAACUUGGAAUCUCAGAUGACAUGUUCCUGGGUCCGAAAUGAAUUUGACACAAUCAGUCCUUGGAAUCAAUAUGAAACUAGUUCUGUUGAAUCCUGUAUCAAGUCUGAAACUGGUACAUGUCAACCCUGGCUCCAUACUGAAUCUUCUACAAUCUUACCAUGGACCCAAUAUGAAACUUUAGAGAUCUACCCUUCAAACCAACCUGAGACUCAUACAUCAAUAAUAAUAAUGCACUGGUUCCAGUCUGAAAUAGAUCCAAUUAAUACUUGGAAUCAGCCUGAAGUAGAUACAAUCAGAUUCUGGACCCAAGUUGAAACAGAAAUAAUUCCAGUUUGGACCCAGAUUGGAAGUCAGGUGGUUGAGCCUCCCAACUUAUCUGAAGCUGGUAUAGACACACCUUGGUUACAGACUGAAACUGAUGUAAAUAGACCCUGGAUUCAACCUGACUUUCAGUCAGUCCAUCCUUGGACCCAGGCUGGAUUUAGUAUAAUUAACCUCUGGUCUCACCCAAAAGCUGCUGUAAAUCAACCCUGGACACAUGUUCAAACACAGGCAAUCAGACCCAGGAUCAAGGUGGAAGCCAAUACAAUCAAAUCUUUGUUUCAUGUCCAAGUGAAAAAAGUCAGACUGAGGAUUCCUUCUGAGUCUCAAAUAUUGAGUUUCUGGAUGCAGCCUGACGUUAGUAGAGUUAAUGCUUGGAUCCAACCAGCAACUCAGGCAGUCAAUCCUGGGCCUCACCUUAAAACUGGUAAUGUUGCAUCCCUGGCUAUUCAUAAACCUGAAACAGUCAGAAUAUGGAUCCAGCCUGAAACAGAAAUAAGGCCUGGCAUCAUUUAUAAAGCUGAUAUAAUCACAUCAUUUGCUUCUCCUGAAGUUGAACAAGAGGCAACAAUUAGUCACUUUGAUUCCUGGUCUAACCAUGUAAUAUUUUUACCAAUAGAAACUGUUCCUUCCCUACAUGAGUAUUUUGCAGCUUUGUCGACUGAAAUAGCUGCAGUAGAAAGUCAAGGUCAAAUAACUUCUGUCCAACCCAGUGAAAUCACAAAUAUUCUCUAUCUUACACUUUCAAGCACACGACUUCCUGGAGGAGCUGGUUACCUGAACUUUGGCAAUGAAUUACAAAUUACCAAAACAAAAGGAAGCCCUGAUGUCCCGUCUACUUCUCUCAACCCACUUUAUCCAUCUUUUUCCUUUCCUUUUCCUUGUUUUUUCCCACCUUCAUGUUCUUUGUCCCUUACCUGUUCAAUCUUUUCUUGCACGUUUUCUUCACCCUGUACUUUUCUUUCUUGCUCAGUUCUUCCUCUUAUGGCCUUCUCUCCUGUUCUUCCCUUAGCUGCUUCUGACAGUUCUUUCCAGGAACCAUCUUCCUCAAAAUUUACUGAAGACACCAUUCUUUCCCAUACUUUUUCAUCCUUGCAUGCUGUUCCAGCCACUCUUUUAACAAAGCAACCAUCUCUGAUGUCUGGAUCUCAGCCUGGAACGAAGUCUAAUCAGCAUGAACAAGAUCUUCUUAAGUAUUCUGAACUUAAUAUUUCCCUUGCUGAGUGUCGCCUGGGUGUGGUCUGGAAAGAGAGUCUCCAGGCUUUCUCACUCUUCAAGACAGCCGUUAUUUCUCAUGAAGUCACAGAGUGUGGAUUACGCCCUGGCCUUGUUCCACACUGUCCCAACUGCUGGGAGGCUGAAGUGGGUGAAUUCCCUUGGAUGGUUUCUGUGCAACUCUCUUUCUCCCAUUUCUGUGCUGGUUCUAUACUGAAUGAACAGUGGAUUCUCACUACAGCUAGAUGUGCAAAUUUCAUAAAAAACUCAGAAGCACUGGCCCAUGUUCAGGUGGGGCUUAUUGAUUUUCAAGAUCCUGCUCAAGCUCAAAUUGUAGGCGUUCAUCGUGCCAUGCCCUACCUGGGCCCUAGAGGACCGUUGGGACCUGGUCUAAUCUUCUUGAAGCAACCAUUGCGUUUUCAACCCCUGGUUCUUCCUAUCUGCCUGGAGGAGAACAUAGAGCAAGAGAAAAAUAUACAACUAUAUGACUGCUGGCUACCCAGUUGGUCCCUCAUGAGAGGAAGUCCUGGAAUUUUGCAAAAAAGGCACCUGAGCAUCCUGCAAGUCAUCACAUGUGCCCAGUUUUGGCCCCGACUGAAUGAAUUUACUUUCUGUGUGGAAGCCAAGAAAGCUAUGGGGGAGGCUGGCUGUAAGGGUGAUCUGGGGGCACCCCUUGUGUGUCAUCUACAACAAAAGGACACUUGGGUGCAGGUGGGAAUCUUGACUCACUUUGAUGAACGCUGCACAAAGCCUUACGUCUUCAGCCAAGUGAGCCCUUUCCUUUACUGGCUCCAGGGAGUUACACGACCCAGCCAUGCACCCUGGUCUAAGCAAGGGCCCAUGACCACCUCUGCUUCCAUCUCCCUUUCAGUCUCUACCUCUAUGAAUGCCUCAGCUUUUACCUCCAUACCUGCUUCCAUCCGGCCACAUUUCAUCUCUCUGCCACAGCCUCAGACUUUGGCAGAUCAAAUUUCUCUGAGAUAUGCCAUGCCUUGGCAGGCCAUGAUCAUCAGUUGCAGUAGUCAAAUUUGCAGUGGUUCCAUUGUUAGCAGCUCUUGGGUACUCACUGCGGCCCACUGUGUCAGGAAUAUGAAUCCAGAGGACACAGCUGUAAUAUUAGGCCUGAGGCACCCUGGGGCACCUCUGAGAAUUGUUAAGGUCUCUACCAUUCUUCUGCAUGAAAGAUUCCGAUUAGUGAGUGGGGCAGCAAGAAACGAUCUAGCAUUGCUGCUCCUUCAAGAGGUCCAGACUCCCAUUCAGCUUUUAGCACCGUUGGGUCAUCUGAAGAAUCUGAACAGCUCAGAAUGUUGGCUCUCUGGGCCACGAAUUCUUAAGCCAGGAGAGACAGAUGAAAAUCCUGAAAUAUUACAGAUGCAGAUGAUAGGAGCUUCAAGUUGUGCCCACCUUUACCCUGAUAUAGGGAGUUCUAUUGUGUGCUUCAUUACACAAGACAAAGACUCUGACACAAGUGUGGAACCAGUGAGUCCAGGCAGUGCUGUCAUGUGCAGACCAACAUCUAGGAAUGGAAGCUGGAGACAAAUAGGCCUCACUAGCCUGAAGGCACUGGCUACCAUUGUAAGCCCCCACUUCUCAUGGAUAUUAUCCACUUCAGCAAAGGCAGGGCAUCCAUUAAACCAUGCACUCAUGCCUUGGAUGGAAAAGCCUAAGUCCUCUAGUCUCAUAAAACAGCCAACCACCCUGCCAUUUUCUUCAAUAAUAAUUGUUAUACUACAAAGACUUUUGUAA